UAGUGGUUCGUUUUCAGUCGUGAAGUAAAUAUUGUAGUUUUCGGUAUGGCUGCUCCAGCAGCUUGUACUCGUUUCAGUGAUAAUUAUGAGCUCAAGGAAGAACUAGGAAAGGGUGCUUUCUCAGUGGUGCGAAGAUGUGUACAAAAAUCAACAGGAUCCGAGUUUGCAGCCAAGAUCAUCAACACCAAGAAAUUAUCUGCCAGAGACUUCCAGAAACUUGAGCGGGAGGCCCGCAUAUGUCGGAAGCUUCAGCACCCCAAUAUUGUUCGGCUACAUGACAGCAUACAAGAAGAGAACUUCCACUAUCUAGUGUUUGAUUUAGUGACGGGUGGUGAGCUCUUCGAAGACAUUGUUGCACGAGAAUUCUACAGUGAAGCGGACGCCUCUCAUUGUAUUCAACAGAUACUGGAAAGUGUCAAUCAUUGUCAUCAAAAUGGAGUUGUUCAUAGAGAUCUAAAACCUGAAAACUUAUUAUUAGCAAGUAAACAAAAAGGUGCUGCCGUUAAGCUUGCGGACUUUGGUUUAGCGAUCGAAGUACAAGGAGAACAACAAGCAUGGUUUGGCUUUGCUGGUACGCCUGGCUACCUCUCACCAGAGGUGUUAAAAAAAGAACCCUAUGGGAAGCCAGUUGACAUAUGGGCAUGUGGAGUGAUAUUAUACAUAUUACUAGUUGGUUACCCGCCUUUUUGGGAUGAGGAUCAACAUCGGCUAUAUGCACAAAUAAAGGCGGGCGCAUAUGAUUAUCCCUCACCAGAAUGGGAUACAGUAACACCAGAAGCAAAGAACCUGAUCAACCAAAUGUUGACAGUCAACCCUUCAAAGAGAAUUACAGCUUCAGAGGCUUUGAAGCAUCCAUGGAUCUGCCAAAGGGAGCGUGUGGCUUCUGUUGUUCACAGGCAAGAAACUGUGGACUGUUUGAAGAAAUUCAAUGCAAGGCGUAAAUUGAAGGGUGCAAUCCUUACCACGAUGCUUGCAACUCGUAACUUUUCCAAAAGUGGCCGAAGUAUCAUAACCAAAAAGAGUGAUGGCUCGCAGGUGAAGGAGUCCACAGAUAGCAGCACAACUCUGGAGGAUGAUGACGUCAAAGGUGUUGAAAGAAAGUCUAAAUCACUAACUGAAUCCAAAAGUUGGGAUAAACAUUAUAAUUCUAGAAGUCAUUUAAGCCAACAGAGUGAGUCAUAUCAAAGGGAGGAUUCAGAUGUUGCAGGAUAUCAACUAUUGGAAUGUGAUUCUGAUUACUUGGAUGAAAUAAGGAUUCUCUGCCCAAACAAGACUUGUUCGCUGUUAUCUACAAACUCCUAUGGCUCAGCUCGUAAACAAGAGAUCAUUAAGAUGACUGAACAGCUUAUAGAAGCAAUCAACACAGGAGAUUAUGAAGCAUACACGAAAAUCUGUGACCCCCACCUCACUGCAUUUGAGCCGGAGGCUCUAGGUAAUUUAGUCGAAGGAAUGGACUUUCACAAAUUUUACUUUGAUAAUGUGUUAGGGAAGAACUGCAAAGCAGUGAAUACGACCAUUCUCAACCCACAUGUACACCUGCUGGGAGAAGAUGCAGCCUGCAUUGCAUAUGUCAGACUUACCCAAUACAUGGACAAGCAGGGUCAAGCCCACACCCAGCAGUCAGAGGAGACUAGAGUGUGGCACAAACGUGACAACAAGUGGCAGAACGUUCAUUUUCACCGUUCUGGUGUGACUGGUUCCUCACCUUUUACUUUUGCCCACAAAUAGAAACAUAUGAGGCAUUGUCUUCUCUGGGACAAAACUGCAAAUGAAAUAAAAUCAACAAUGAGAAGAGUAUUCAAAUAUUGCUUCUUUGAUGCCCAUUUGCACCAACCUCCGUUAAACUAAACUGUAACUGGUGCUUAGUAGGAUCAAGAAGGAGGUACACAUGCCAAUCAAGACAGAUGUGUAUGAUAUGAGGCAUAGUGGUAGGAGGGAAUUCUGUCAGCACCCUGAACAAAGGAAGGGGUGGGGAGAACUCUUAUGUAAACUAAACACCACCAAAUAAUAAUGUACAUACAUAACAAAAUUGGAGAGGUGGAAUGUUUUAUUGUUUCAUAAUACAGAUGGCUCUGUAAAUAAUUAUAUUUAUUUUAUAUAAUAAUCAAGAAGAAACUGCAAAGUGGGUUCCAUGUCUUUGCCAAUUAUUUGGCUGAUGUUUUACUAUGUUUAUCUCUAAAAUUUUUAAUAUUUUUUGUAAGAUCAGAGGUUAGAUUUUAAUGUACUUACUGGAGAAACCAAUUGACACAGUUUUAGUUUGUGGUGGAAUAACAGGUAAGGAAGAUGACAUUUAUAAAAACUGGAGUAUGCUGAAUGAGAUAAAAUAUACACAAUACUGCAUCUAUCAAGCAGAAAACUGUUAACGUUUAACGGACUUUGGUGCAAUACGUGCAAUAUGUACACUAAUAUGUAUUACAUAGUAAGAAGCUUUCAACAACUUUAGUAUGGUAAGAGAUUUUUUGCAAUUUGAUGUUGGCUGUCUUGUUAAGGUGAACAUGAGAAACUAAAUCAUCUCAGUUCUGUCUAUGAUUAGAAGUAUGAAGAUGUCAAUGAAUCAUUUCACGUAAUAUUGUAAAGCAAGAAUUUGCGUGAACUUCCUUACCACCUAUUUGUAUUUCAAAAUGCUUUGACAAAUGGAAAGGGGGAAAAUUUUUGUCAUGCUUUUUCUGGUUAUGCUGACUAUUUAUGGAAAUAUAGCAUGUAUUUGUUUUCUCCUCCAGUAUGAGCAGUUGCCAAAACAGUAUUGAAAUGUAAGAACAAGAUGUGCAUGUGUGAGAUUAAAACUUCAUAAAUGAAUACUACUGAGAUAUAGAACAAAAAAGUUACAUCUUUAUGUGAAAAUUACAAAACUUUUAUCUGUCUUCAGACUGAAAUUUGUUAUAAACGAAAUUUGCACAUUUAUUUGAGGCUCCUCUAUUUUAGGAAUCCUUUGUUACUUUCCCCUGUAAGGUUGUAUCAUUUGUCAAGGAAUCUUACUACGUAUGUAAGUCUAUACUAUCGUCAAAGGACAACCAAGCUUUUGAAUGUAAUUGCUAUUAACAGAAAAGAAGACCACCACUUUUUUUAUCAUUGCAAAUAGCAUAAUUAGUCAUUAUUAUUCAUAAGAAAGAGUGUGCAAUUCUCCAAUUGCGUUUAAUGUUUAGAUGUUUUCAGAUAUGAAAUAUGACUGUAUGCCCCUUUCUCUGUCAUUGUUAUGGAAUUCAGUUCUAUGAACUGAUAUCUUAAUUGUUUGGCCUAAUUGUCAUCAUGAUAAUAUUAUAGCAUAUUCUAAGACGAUUCCAAUUUAGUAAAAGAAAUAACUUCUGAGAGAAAGGCAAGUGAUGAUUAUAGAGAAGUAUCUUUACUUCUAAGCAGAAAAAGUAAUGUUGAAAAAUAACUAUUGACUAAUUAGAAUCUUCUAAUUGUACUUAAAUGUUUAUCUAAAAUAUUAUAUAUAACAAUUUUAAAUCAAAAAAUUCUUUUUUUAUAUAUAAUAUUAAUUAGAAACAGGUUUCUUCUAACUGCUUCACUGUCAAGUUUCAUAAUGUGAGAAACCUAUUCUUUGCUAUGCUGCUGAGUACAGAUUAGUGAGUUAAAUAUCUUCUUGUAAUAUAAGAUUAUAAUAUCAAGUUAUUUCUUGUGAAAUUUUUAUGUAAUUCAGGACUGAAAUAACUGUGUUUUCACAGUGAAAGGAAUUAUAUGCAAGUACUACUUUCUUUCCCUUUUCAUUUGACAUAAUAAAUUAUGACGGAUUUUAGAAGUGGAGUACGUACUGUUGUAAAAUAGCCUACUUGAUUUUUUGUUUAUUUGUUGCUUUUUUAAAGCAAAAGAUUUCAAAGCUUGUUGUUGCAAUUUAAUUGAUGGUUGCACCUGAUGCACUUUGUUAUUAGUUCUGUUAGAUCUUUUAGUAAUGUACUUUUAUCUGUGAUUGCAUUUUAAAAAUAUUAAUCAUGAUUUUUAAUUACCUUCAGCACUAGUUCUAUGGAUACAGUUCAAAUAUUCCCAAUAUGAACAAGAGACAUCACCCAUUUAUGAAAGUAUUGAGCAGCCAUGUAUAGUUCUUCCCACAAUGUUUGAGAGAUGAAGUAAACCACUUGAAGAGGCAUGGAAGGUCAGAUACAGCAGAAGCAUAUACCCUUUAAGAUAAAAACUGCACAAAUACUAUUCAGCUAACUCUAUGUGUAAAAGAGUAAUAAAUAAACAAACAUAUUAUUACAAUUGUUUGUUGUUAAUACAAUGUGAGUUUUGUUUAUGCCUUGAAUAUUCAUAAAGAAAUAUUAUAAAAUACAUAUCAGCAGUGACGAAGCAUGUCACCUGUUGAAACAGCUCACACUGUUAGUUUAACAUAGCUGUUUCUACCAUCAGUUAUGCUAGCACAUGAUUCCGGAUGGCAGUGCAUGUCAAAUUUUCCUUUUGUUUUCCAGAUGAGCUUGAAUGUUCAAAGUGAAUAUGUAGAAGACUUUUCUGUGUAUAUAUAUAUAUAUUUUUUUUUUUGUUGCUGUUGAUUUAGAUUUGUGUGGUAAAGUGAUAUUUGACAAUGAGCCCAAUGUUUUCACAAUUGUAGGAAUAUUAUUACCCCACAUGCUGCCAUGCCUCUCAGCAGAAGGAGGUGAUUGUGAUGGUUUACUCCAACUCUUAAACAUUAUGGGACUAAUAAUGUGACAGACUGUUGUCCAAUGCAGAUUUGGUUAUACAAGUAAACACAAAUGCAAAAAAAUAUUUGCUAAAAAUGCAAAAUUUUAAUAUGAAAUCUUUUCCUGUCCACAACCCUAAAACAUUGUAAUUCGGUCAUCCCAAUUUCAAGGUAAUGCCUUUACCUCCUAAUAACACACUGGUUCUGCAACCUAUGGACCAUGGAGUGAUUGAGACACUUAAUCUUAUUACACUCAAAACAUCUAUAGGCAUGCAAUCCAAAUGUAGUUUCUGUGAUUUUGAUAACUUAGAGCAGUAUAGGUAGGGUCAUAUGUUUGAGAGAGAGUGUGUGUAUGUGUGUGUAUGCAUAUAAAAACUUUGUGUUGCUAGGUAUUAAUGGGAGACUAUGUGGCUGCAUUCACAUAUCCUCAUUUAACCCAUAAAGUAUUAAAUUUGUCCAACAUGGACUUACCUAACAUGCUGUUCUUGAGGAACCUGACACCUGCACUGGACAGUGGUUUACUGUAAUGUUUUAAUUAAACAAAAUGAAGACUGUUACAAUGUUACCAAUUGCAACAAACAGAAUGCAAAUUCUUUGGAUAGCAAGAAGUUUUAUUAUGCUUUAAUUCGGUUCCUAUAAAAAUCAGUAAGAAGGCAUCUGGUGUGGACUAUUCUUAUACACUGCAAUUAUUUUUGUGUUUUUACAGAAAUUUUAAUUAGCUGUAAUUCUCACUGAUUAUGUUAUUAUUCAUAAGAGGAAAAUAUCUGUCUUCUACUUGCAUGUACUGAUAUUUCAAAGUCCUCAUAUUCAUCGCCAUUAUGUAAUUAACUUUUCUGUUAAUAGAGUGACACAACCCUCCCACAUUUAAAUGCAGUGCAUUACACUUGAUCCAUUGUAAUAAUUAAUUAUACAUAUGUGUAUGUAUAUCAGGUCACCAGUCAGACGGUAGGAUCAAAUGUGAAAAUUAUUACACCAUUUUUACUUACAAUAUUCGCAUGAAUGGUUAUAAAAAUUAUAUUGUGAUAAUUUAUUCAUCUUUUAUGUUUAUAUAUUGAACACUGAUGAAUGUUAAAUAUGGCUCUAGUGUUGCUACUUUGUGUUCAUGAUUCAACAAAAGAAGUGAAGCCCUUUGAGCACUCCUUAACCCCCCNCUCAGCAUUCUAUCUACUAUAUUAUGUUGUGACAGUUGUUCACAAAAUAAUGCCAGUGAUUGUUAUCUGAUUAUUUUGGAAACUCUUUUUUAAUAUAUGUCUUUGCCAUUUUAGGUUAGUGAUUGCUUGUUAUUAUAAUGUAAUUGUGGCAAAGAUCUAUUGAAGGAGAGUUGAUAUUAGAACCUUUUUAUCACUUUUAUUUUUUCAGUUAAAAUUGUGAUUCAGCUUAAUUUUAUUAAGUGAUGUUAUAUAUGUGUAAAGCCAUUAAUUAUCUGUAAAACCACAGUCAAGAAUGUUGUAAAUCUGCUCAUCUAGCUGGCAGUAUUAUUAAACAUAAAAGAGUAUUUACCAGAAAAUCAUCAUUACCAGCCACAUAUGCAUUAUACAGCCCACAAGCUGUAUUUAUUUACCCACAAACAGAAAUCUUUUAUCAGUUAGUUUGGUAUUCUACAGUUACUAUGAAAGUUGUCUAAGAGCAAAAUAAGAA